AUGGCGGCUGCAGAGGCAGCCAGAUCUUCUUCUUCUUCUUCUUCUUCAGGCAGUGGUGGUGGGUCAUCAGCCGAUUCCUAUGUAGGUAGCUUGAUUAGCUUGACUUCAAAGUCUGAGAUUCGUUAUGAAGGCGUUCUUUUUAACAUCAACACUCAAGAAUCCACUAUCGGCUUAAGAAAUGUAAGAUCAUUUGGAACAGAAGGGCGGAAAAAGGAUGGCCAGCAAGUUCCUCCAAGUGAUAAAAUUUAUGAGUUCAUACUCUUCCGAGGAACUGAUAUCAAGGAUUUGCAGGUCAAAUCAUCUCCACCAGUUCAGACUGCAACUCCGGUACACAAUGAUCCUGCAAUCAUCCAGGAAAUUUACCAUGGGACCUCUAGUACAAGUUGUGCUGCCUCUCCCCCUUUGCAGGGGAGAGGUCCUGGGGUGAAACUGCAGAGAAAUCUUAGGGUGUCUCAGUAUCCUCAAGCAGCAACUGCAUCCAUGAAUUUGCCCUCUUAUAGUAAUGGAUCUCUAACAGAUCCAAGUUCCCAUGCUUCAUCCAAUGGUUUUCCCAGGCCAACAUUUCAAGGGAGUCUUCCCCAACAUCAGCCUGGUACGAGUUUAGAAUCAUGGGGUCCAUCACAUCUUCCUCCAAGCACAAAUGGUAGUGGGCUUGCUAUGCCAAUGUAUUGGCAGGGAUACUAUGGGCCUUCAAAUGCAGUUCAGGCCCCACAGCAAGCUUUGCUUCGACCCCCACCCGGCUUGUCAAUGCCACCUUCCAUGUUGCAAUCUGUGCAGUAUCCUUCCAUGAAUGCCUCUAACACUUCACCUUCUCCUUUGUCAGAAAAUCCCCCUCCUUUGUUGCCACCAUUCAGUACAGGCACCUUAAAUUUGCAGACUUCCACUCUUCCUUCAUCACGAUCUUCUGCAAUGGUUUCAGACUUGACAAAGUUAAUUCCUGAUAGGGUUUCUACUCAAACUCUUCCAAGUAACUUGCCAUUGGCAUCCCCAUUGAUUACUGCUGUAGAUAAAAUUGCUAUUGCAUCAUCAGGUUCUGACAUACCCAAGACAGUCCCAGAUUCAAUAAUGCCUUUCAAAAGUAUGUCUGAUCCUCCAUCCUCCAUUAUGAGGACAUCAAGUUCAGUUUUGAAUGAGGGGAAAACACCUUCUCUGGUGACACCGGGCCAACUUUUGCAGCCUGGCCCCCCUAUAGUGCCCUCACUGCAGUCUUCACAAGUAGCUCAAAAGGAUGUUGAGGUGGUGCAGGUAUCAUCACCAGAAUUGUCAGCACCACCACCAACAACAGCGGCAACAGAAGUGCUGCAACCCAUAUUACCUCUACCUUCACAACCUGAACAUAAGGUAUAUGGAGCUCCUAUGGCUAUGUACGCUUAUCAUACUAGUAGAGGAGGACGUGGGAGGGGAAGAGGAAAUGAGAUUUCUCGUUCUGCUACCAGAUUCGAGGAGGAUUUCGAUUUUACUGCAAUGAAUGAGAAAUUCAACAAGGACGAAGUAUGGGGUCACCUUGGUAAGAUUCACAAAGCUCAAGGCAGGGAUGAUUUGCUAGAUGAAGAUGAUGUUGGAUCAUCAAAGCUUGAGACCAAGCCUGUUUAUGUGAAGGAUGACUUUUUUGAUUCCAUAUCAUGUGACGCUCUUGAUGGCGGAUCACGUAAUGGGAGGGCUAGGUUUUCCCAGCGGUCGAGAAGAGAUACUGAUGCAUUUGGUAAUUUCUCUCACCAUCGAGGCGGUCGAGGUGGUUGGGAACCAGGUCGAGGAGGUCGAUCACGUGGUGGUUAUUAUGGAAGAGGAUAUGGCUAUGGCGGUCAGAGUCGAGGUUAUGACAUGUCAAAUGGUGCCUUCUAG